UGAUCAGCUGGUUGUUAUUACAUCCCUCAGCAUCCUUUCACCUUACUCUCUUCCAGCGGUCACUGCAUGUAUAAAGCUUGCAUUUUAGUAUGAUUUCAUUAUAUAAUUUGUGCAUAUUGUAAUUGCACAACCCACAUUUAUUCAGCUUCAGAGGAUCAGGUUGAAAGUGUGUGGUCCUCUCAUUUGGCUUUUGGGUUCCCAUGGGCAGUGUGCUGGCCUUGUCAACCCGCCCAGGGCGCCAAAACUCCCCUUUUCCACAAGAUAAACCCUUGUCACGGUGGGAUAGGAGAGAUGGACGGCUGCCUAACCCAGGGAGCUUUGAUGGUCUGCACCGCAACUGUAAAGAUGUAUUUCCACAGCAGAUUGAAGGUGUGAAACUGGUGAUAAAUAAGACCCUCAGCAGUUUUUUCAAGGUCAGUCACACAUUUCACCUCAGUGCUGUUGCUCCGUCCAGUUAUCGCUUUCAUGCCGAACACCUACAAUCAGACACUGACAGCAAAGAAACGGGCUCACCCAUGCUUAUUGGGGAAAUGGACUCCUCUGGCAGCUUAAACGCACACUCUUUGUUCCAUCUGAGUGAGAAAAUAAGAGCUAAAGCAGUGUUUCAGACUCAACAGGCACAGUUUGUCACGUGGCAGUUUGAGACGGAGUAUAGAGGUAGUGACUUCACAGCAGCGGUUACUAUGGCCAACCCUGACAUUCUGAGGGAAUCAGUUAUCAUGGUUGCACACUUUCUUCAAAGCGUAUCCCCGCAGCUGGUUCUGGGGGGAGAGCUGGUAUACCAUCGAGGUCGAGCAGAGGAAGGGGGCAUUCUUACCCUGGCAGGCCAGUACUCAGGGCCAAAUUGGGUUGCAACACUGAAUGCUGGUAAAGGAGGUGCACAUGCCAGCUACUACCACAGAGCCAACAAACAGAUUCAGGUGGGAGUGGAGUUUGAGGUGAGCACUAGGACCCAGGAAACAACCUUUUCUUUUGGUUACCAGAUGGAACUUCCUGAAGCUAAAAUGGUCUUCAGAGGAAUGGUGGACAGCCGCUGUAUCAUUGGUGGGGUUCUGGAAAAGCGGCUUUACCCCCUUCCUGCCACAUUGAUCAUGGGUGCCUUUGUCAACCACAGAGCAGACAAGUUACAGGUCGGUCUUGGGGUUAACGUUGGUUAGAUGCGUGACCUAACUCAAAAGAGGCACCACUUAAGACUGGGGACUUCAGAAAACCACCUUCACGUCUGCCCAAAGACCCCAGUCUGCCACGGACUACGGAGAGAACAGGCAAGCUAACCAAAGCCCUGUUUACCAGACUGGACAAUCAUGCAGUUCAUGGCAAGCAGGAAUGAGGGCUGAAAAAAACCAGGAACGUCCCCUCUAUGUUGGUACCAUCAUGUGUCAAGGAUUUUGCUGUUUUGGUCUUAUAUUGGCCCCUUAAGUAACCUGAAGUAAAUAUUCAAAGAUGAUCUUACUUAAGAACAAGAUGGCAACUUCUGCAACUGCUGGAGGAGACCACACAAAUGAAUAUGUAGCUAUGUCACAAAAUUCCCUGUUACUUCUCUAUACAUUUUUUUGUAGCAAACUCCAAAUAUAGUUCACUCCCAAAUCAAUGUCAAGCUAAACAUAUUGAAGAUUAGCCACACAAUUGAUCAUGUAUCGUCCCCUCUGUUGUCUUUCAUUCAAACAAAUCACACUCUUGCUCUCCUUGUUAAGCUAAACUUGAAGACUCUCCUUGAGGGUCAGACUCUGGUAUAAUGGCAAGUAUGACGAUGGAAGAAAACUCAGUGUCAGUGUGAACUGUAUAAGACGCACUAUACAUGAGAUAAUACAGGACUUUUGUCUGAUUUGACAAAUGUCAGAGCCGUGGUGCAGUAGUGCCCGUUCUUAUGAAGCAUAACAGCCACUGGUUCACAGGAAUGAGUCAGGCCUGCUUUAUAUCAACGAGAUUCACACUGCAAAGUUUCAGGAGUGAGAACCACAUAUAAAUGCGGAAGGGAAUCCCCCAAAUUAAUGCAGCUUAAAGCCUGUUCACAUCAAGGACUGUAACUGGACUUAAUAAAGUGGGCAA